AUGAACGAAAAGGAUUUGAGCUCACUGGCGGUGCUUUUGUCGUCCGAGAAACUUACCCAGCGCCUGGAAACGGCCUCGAUGCUACGGCAGGCCCUCUCUCCAGAGAACCUGCUCCCCGCGUGGCGGGAUCCUGCGCAGGCGGCGGUCCUACGGGGCUUGCUAUCCGAGGCGCAAUCGGUGGGGAACCCCGACGUGUUGACGAUAAUUGGGGAGUCGUUGGAGAAGGUUUUAUCCGAUAAAACGUCCGGUGAGGAGUUCAUUAACUUGGACGAGGAAUUGCUAGUUCCAAAUUUUGUGCUCAACGCGAUUGCUGAUGAUGAUUUAGGACUAAACACACUUUUUCGUCGUGUUUUUAUGGCUCUUGUAGAGCUAACCUUCACAGAAUCCAUCACGAAGCGAAUAGGUGAAAUGCUGGACCGGAUCUAUGAUAGCGAAAAGGUACUUCGCCUCUUUGACUGCGACGCAGCAGAGUCAGAAGAAAAUUCUCAAGUUUAUCGCUAUCUUCGGACGAAUACGCAUCUUAUUGACUCCUUAACAUCUGCUACGAUUCGCGCCUUCGACGAGGAUCCACUUUUACUAGUAAAUUAUCUAGUUGUGUGCGGCAUCAUCAGCCGGCAUGAAUCCCUUCCGGAUCUACUUCUUCAUAAGAUUCAGGAAUCCCUCGAUUCCCCCGUUGAGGAUUUGUUCACUGCCUUUGUCUGUCGCUUCUGCAGCAUUGCACUUUUUCAUCACGAGGGGAAUGCUCAGCGUCUUGCAGAUCCUUGGGUUCGUCGGGCCGUGGAGAUCUCUGAUAGGUCGUCUGAUGAAGGGACGUUGGAUGCGGUGUUCGAUCUCAUGGGGUCUUCCUGCACCACUGCAACCGGCUGGAACCUUCUCAUGAAUUAUUUGACGUCUGAUCGGCUGCUUAGCCGAUUAUGCUCUUCUUCGAAAUCUCAGAGGCUCUCUGCGCUCCGCCUUCUGAAUGCCCUGCUGAGUUCACCGUACAUGGAUCCGGGCUCUAUAUCGCCCUGCCUUUUAAACGAAGCUUGGAAGCUUCACACGACGUAUGACGAGGAAGUGCUACAGGCGGCCUGGCAAGUAUCGCUAUCCACUGUAAGGCACCGUAUCCUUCAGGAUCAAAUGCCCUUCAUCUACGCCUCGUUUUUGUGUGGUGCACGUUCCGAAGUGAGCCCUGGGGUGCGCGAGCUUCAGCUGCAGGUGGCUCGGCUAUUAGCAAACUGCCCUAACUUGCCAGAUCCAAUGAAGCUGUCUUUAGUGCAGUUCAGUCGUAAAGGACUUUACCCGCCAGGAUCGGAUGGCGUUGCGGAUCUUCGGAAGGACUAG